AUGUUGCUCCCUACCGUCCGAAGCCGGAUCGCGGCGCUCUCGUCCGCCGUGGCGCCGCGCGUUGCCCCCCGGGCCGCCUUCUCAACCACCGUCACCCGCUUCGAGGACACCAUGAUGCCGAACGACCCGACCCCGCGGGCGCCCAAGCCCAACGUCUCCGAGACCAAUGCCACGCCUGUCGACUCGAUGGGAGCGUGGGAUGCUGCGCUACAGGAAUCUACAAAUGCCGCCGAGCAAGUUCGAACUAUGCAGGCUCCUAACCGGGUGGGCACUUGGGCUGCGAGCCAGAAGCCUAGAGCAGAUGCCAUGAGCGGACCGCGGUUCGAGCAGACGAUUAUGCACCUUCAGCCCACGCCCAUGGCCGCUAUCGAACUCAUUCACAAACAGCCCGUUCGCUGGGUAAAGGACAGGAUCGUCAGCUGCGACGGUGGCGGCGGCCCCCUGGGUCACCCCAGAAUCUUCAUCAACACCGACAAGCCCGAGAUUGUCCCCUGCGGCUACUGCGGACUUCCUUUUGCUCACGAACAUCACCGCGACUACCUCAAGUCUCUGCCUUCUUCUAGCUACCCUCUCGAAUCCACCGGCGAUGUUGCGGAAGUGAACGAAAACCAGCGUGUGUCUGAGGGUGCCACCGCUGGAUAUGAGCAGCGGUAA